GGACCUGCGCCAGAUCCGGCCAUGCCACCUGCUGAUGAUCCACCUGCAGAAGCUGGCCCCAAUGAGUUUGACAUGACAACACUCUCACCCGUGCCGCUUCUAAGUGCUGAACCGCAACCACGGCUUCCACCGCCACCAAAAGGUCCUUCGGCAGGUCGCUCCGCUCCUAUGCCACCCAAUAUGUACCAGCAGUCAUUCGAUGGGCCCAUGCCAUCCUCUACGCCAUUCCCUGACUACAUGGGCUACCCACGAGAGUCAGAUUUUGAUAUCAUGCGAAAGAAGAUGUCCAGAAAAGGACUUGACAGGAGGCUUAAAAUAGUUUCGUCAAAACCCCGUCGCCCUGCUGCCUGA